AUUCUAGUGCUUUUUAGCUUGCACGUCCUGCCAUGCCUAGCGGCCUAAACUCUCCUCUGCUUCUCGCCCCAAAAGGGCAGCUAAUGAAGCAAAACACUGCCGUUCUCCUCCUCUCCAUCGUUCUCCUUGCCACCUCAUGCGAGGCGCGAGGUCUUCCUGUCCAUGGCAAAGUGGUCCGCAGCUCCGCCAGCCAGUCGCAUCGUCUACCAGCAGGCAAGGAUGUGGCAGCAACAAGCUUGACAGCUGACGGCUGGCUGUCAACAAGGCAGAUGGAGGCUAGACACAUGACGGCUCAGCAGGCGGAUGCGAAGGUGAAAGAGGGAGUGAAAAUGGCAGCAGCAUCUGCCGCCGCCGGUGCAGUUCGAGCUACGCUGCCUACGCCUGCCGUUACAGCAGUUUCACAGCGGCUUCCUCGACGGGAGGACACCGGGUUUCAUCUAGAUUAUGCCGGGCCUAGAACACAUACCCCUUCUCACAACUAAUGCGCGGGAUCAGAUCAUCUGGUGACCAAGCUACUCUUCCUCCGAUCCUACUCACCCUUUCGUAUUUGAAUGCCGCAUAUGUACAUGAUUUUCCCAGCUAAAGCUAGCCCUAACUCUUGACGACAAGAUCUCACAUACUGCCCUCUGUGCAUGGUCUGCCAAUAAUCUUUGUUGGCGUGUGCGGUCCACUUUAAUUUCGCUAUGUUGUUGGUAGAGCACUCUGGCUCUAGACUGCUAGGAAUUUUGUUGGGCCAGGGUGAGAGACAUAUCGUCAGACAUGUAUACAUACAUAUAUGUGCUUUCCCCCAGUGAUAUACUCCGUAAUUAUGUAUAUGUUCAUCUAGCUAGAUCAUGAAUAUGACCAUGAAGUGUAGCGGAACGAAGCACUAAUAAGCAAGGAAAUAUGUGGUGGUUGAUCAAG